GCUGCCGCCGCCAUCAUGUCGCAGGUGGAGCCCGAGACGCUGCCGCUGCCGCCGCCGCUGUCGGAGGUGGAGGGCCGGGCCGAGGAGCUGGGCCUCGGCCAACUCCCCACGGCCUUGCCCCGACUCAUCUCUAUGUAUCAGACAUCUGAUAGCUGGACCCAGCGUAUCGGUGUUUUAAGGAUCUUGACAGAGCAAUUUCUACCCCACAUCAAUCUUUCUGAGCUGGAGCAAGCAUUUUUCUCUAAAAUACUACCAAAGACAGUACAAUUAUUUGAUCUUUUGCUAUAUGAAUUAUCCCACCAAGCCACAAGAGUAACAAGCCAGAAUGUAGAGUUACGUGAGACAUUAAGAAACCAUCUGCAGACUUUAGUACAUGUGUUGGAAGCAUUAACAGGGUCUGUGCGCCACAUCUGUACUGUACAGGAUGUUGUGCCCUUAGAACACGUCUACAGUCUUCCCUCUUCCAUUCUUCAUGUAAUCAAGAACACAUUUGUACACUGCAAGAAUAGUGAGUCGUUGUACAGUGAGUGUCUCCACUUGUUUUCGGAUUUACUCCAGUCUCUGUUUAAGGAGGCCUAUGCUUUGCAAAAACAGUUUAUGGAACUGCUUGAGAUGGUGUCUGUGAACUCCUGUGCUGCUGAAGACAGUAUAGCAAUUAUCGCAUCAGCUGUUCAUACUUUGCUGGAGAUCUGUUCUGCUAUUUCCAGCAUAGAUCAUGCACUUCAUGCAAACACAUGGAAAUUCAUAAUCAGGCAAAGUCUCAAGCACAAAUCUCUGAUAAAGAACAGCUUGAAGCAUUCCGAUAUACUCAGUGGCCUUUGUGAGGAUAUCCUGUUUUCUUUCCAGUCUUGUUUGCAGCUGGCUGAGCAAAUGAAGCGGUCUGGAACAGAGGAAAGCAUUGAUCGCAAGUUGUUCCAAAGGACAGUCAAGCUGUGUAGAUUCUUGGCCAAUUCCCUGGUGCACUACACCAAGGAGUUCGCUCCUUUCCUGGCGGAAUCCUGCUGUCAGCUACAUCAGACAUACCUUCAAAUAUACAGCAAAUUUCCUCCAAGUCUUUAUGCUCCAGCGAUUUCUAAGUCUCACCAGGAUGAAAUAGGGAGGGAAUUCCUCGUGACUCUGGACUCUUUCCUACCCCACCUGCUCUCUUUUAGGCCUUUCCUAGAAGUGGUGUUAAGUAAAACUUCAGAUCUCUCUCCUGAGCUGCAUUUUCCACAGUGUCGUCUUCUGCUUUUUGUAAUGGACAAGUUGCCAUCCCAGCCCCAAGAUGUGCAGGCUCUUUGGAACACUGGAAGUCAGUUACCAGAGGAGAUUCCCAGAGUCUCCUUGUUUGCAGCCCUCUUCCUCAGUCUUCAACAGUGUCCUGGAGAGCUUUUUCUUCCUGUUUGUUUGCCAGCAGCAAUGGGGACAGGGCAAGCUGAGGAUCUUGUCACCUUUUACCACUAUGUCUAUGUCCAUUUGUGUGCCUUUAUCACAUCCCUCUCGGUUUCACAUUUCCAUCUACUGGAAUGUUGCCUUCUGGAGGCUGUACUUGGUUCUAACACAAUCACUGAUCUCCUGGCUAUGGAUGUUUGGUGCUUCCUUGCCCGGUAUGGAAGAGCGGACCUGUGUGCUCAUCAUGCAUUUAUAAUAGCACAUUUGAUAAAAGCUUGUCCUGCGGAGCAUUUUCAAGUUUCUCUGCUUGGAGUCCUGCUAAGGCGCCUGCUCUUCCUGAUGACUGCUGAUCACCAGGUGAGGUUCACCCAACAAUUUCCUUCCAGAGAAACAGAGAACCUGAUAUUGUGGCAGCAUCUUUCUCUCCAGGCCCUGAUACCUCUCCUCAGGCAGCAAGUUGCUCAUGAGCUCUUUGUGGCAGGAUUUGCCCAAUGUCAAGAGUGGCUGAGCAGCAAAAGGUCUCUGGAGGAACUUCCACAGGUGAACACUGCUCUCUCUGCCUUGUUGUCCUUGUGCCAAACUUCUGGGAAGUCACUAGAGGUAGGACAGCAAACAGCACUUGUUGGAAUUGUUGGCCAGUUCUUGGUAGUUCUACCUGCCACACAGGUCUCCAGUCUGCCUUGUCUGCAGCAGACCUUUAGCUUGGUGCUUCGACUCAUGCAGUUCUUCAUCCAAAUAUUAGACCCUCAACUGCUAAUUCAGAUACUUACACUGCAAACUUCCCUCCUUCAACUUAAUCCCCCAGAUCAUGUUCUCACUGCAAUCUUAGAUUUUCUCUCUUCGGUGGGGGUUCCCAUUAUUCCACCAGAUUUCCAGGAGCAGGUUUUGUCCAAGCUGUCCUACCUGUUUUCUUCUUUGCUGGCCAACAGUAGCUGGUUGAUUCAUCAGCACGCCAUAGAGGCAUUCACACAAUUUGCACAGGAGACGAGCCAUGAAGCCAUACUUUCCCAGUGCCUUAAUUCUGAAGAAAUUAAAAGCAAAGUUGUUGGCUUCCUAUCAAAGACCCGCCUUGUAGAGGAGACAGCGGAAGCAAGAGCAGAACGAAUGAAAGAGGAAAAUGUUCAUCUUAAGUGCCACUCGCGAGAAAGCACAACAGACAGAGAAAGGUGCCUGACCUUGGAGCCCUUCCCGAAAAGAACUUGCUACUCAGCCAGUGAAGAGCAAUAUAAGUCAGCAAUGGACGCUGCCGGAAGGACACUGGAGGUUUUGAAAGCGCUACUACAAAAGGGCCCGCCCCCUAUUUGGUUCGCAAAGAAACUGGAAACUUUACAGAUGACGCUGAACAGUUUGAAGAACAGCAUAAGUUGAUAGAUUUAAUGCAGCCUUUUGAGUGACUUCGGUACUGCUCUGCAGUCCCACCAGAGAUUCACAGCCCAAAGCCAAAGAAACAAAGUGCAGCCCGGUGGUAAUUUUAGAGCAAGCAUGUUGUAUAGUCUGUUUGUAAAGGUUUACAGGGUCUUAUUGGCUCGAAGAGUGAAGAUACUGAGCGAAGCUUUAAGUUACUGAACGCAGAAUUAAAAUACAUUUUUUCUAUGCCAUUUCCUUUGACUUCAGCCUGCCUCUUGAUUACCAAGAGCAUUACAAACAUGUAAUGGAAACUAAACUGUGAGAACUAAUAUUUUUGCUGUGAUGCUAGUCUCCCCUAAUUUAAGUUCACAGCUUCUCACACUGUACAAAAACAUAGCUUUGUAAAAAGACAGCCUAGAAACUCUUGCACCUCUACCUGUUGAAUCAAUGUAAGCACUUUUAAAGUCUAGAUUUCUCAUAAGAAACAGAUUACGCAAACAUUUAACCAGUGAAUUGUCCAUUUAUUUUUCCUAGUUUUCCAUAAACAGUAACGGUUGGUGG